UAGGUUGAUCAGUCUUAUUCCAACACUCGACGAUUGACGAUGAAGUUUUGGCUAGGAAUUGCAGUGGCACUUUUGGCCUUAAGCCAAACUCGUGGAAGUGCAGUCGAAAGGAUCUUCAAAAGGCUUCAUGAAGAACCACCAAUCCAAACUACUCAGAACCGGGCGGAUGAAGUGCAAACACUUUGGAUCGAACAGAAAUUGGAUCACUUCAAUGAGUCAGAGACACGCACAUGGCAAAUGCGUUACAUGCUCAACGAUGCUCUUUAUAAGUCUGGAGCCCCUCUGUUUAUUUAUCUUGGAGGAGAAUGGGAGAUCUCCCCUGGCAGAAUAACUGCUGGCCAUACUUACGACAUGGCCGUGGAACACAAUGCUCUUUUGGCCUAUACUGAGCACCGCUACUAUGGACAAAGCAGGCCCCUGCCUGAUCUUUCUAUUGAAAACAUUAAAUAUCUGACUGUGAACCAGUCCUUGGCUGAUUUGGCUCAUUUCAUCAUUACCAUCAAGGAAAACUAUGAGGGUCUGUCUAACUCCAAGGUCGUUGUUGUGGGUGGUUCUUACUCCGCCACAAUGGCCACUUGGUUCAUGAGACUCUACCCCGAUCUUGUGGAUGGAGGUUGGGCUUCAAGCGCUCCGCUUUUUGCCAAGGUCAACUUUGUAGAAUACAAAGAAAUCACUGGUCAAUCCAUCGUACAGAUGGGUGGCGCUGACUGCUACAAGCGAAUUGAGAACGGCAUUGCCGAGAUGGAGACCAUGAUAGCCACCAAACGAGGGGCCGAGCUCAAGGCCCUCCUUAGGCUCUGCGAACCCUUCGAUGUCUAUAACGACCUGGAUGUGUGGACUCUGUUCGCCUAUAUUUCCGAUACGUUUGCGGGCAUAGUGCAGUCUCAUAGUGCUGGUCAAAUCGAGGGUGCUUGCCAAAAAAUAAUGUCUGGAUCGGAUGACCUUAGUGGUGUUGCUGGCUUCUUGUUGGCUACAUAUGGAAAUGCCAGGUGCUAUGAUUUUCGUUAUGACUUUAUAACUGGACUGACGUUGGACACUAGUUUCAAUGGCAAUAUCAUGCGUCAGUGGACAUUCCAGACCUGUAAUGAGUUUGGUUGGUAUCAGACCUCCGGCUCAAGUGCCCAGCCCUUUGGCACAAAGUUCCCUUUAACAUACUACACCACCAUGUGCGUUGAUUUAUUUGGCCCUCAGUAUGGCAACGAGUUCACUACCAACCAAGUCAGUACCACCAAUCAGUACUUUGAUGGAUUGAAUCCUGGUGUGAAAAAUAUCUAUUUCACCCAUGGUCAAUUGGAUCCCUGGAGGGCAAUGGGAAUUCAGGACUCGGAUCAGGCCACAGUCAUUCCAGAACAUGCCCACUGCAGGGACUUCGAAUCAAUUAGCUCCAGUGACACAGCUGAGUUGAAAGCCUCCAAGGAACGCAUUGCCGAACUGGUCCGCGAAUGGGUUAAAUAAUAGAAGUCAACGCCACAGUACAUUAAAAAAUGUAAAUCUAAAACUAAGUGGAAUAAACGUUUAAACAGA